CUCUCUGCUGGAGGAAGGAAGCAAAACUUCGUUGUUAUUGUAGCGCACAGCAGGAAGCAGAGUACAGAGGUGCCGCCUCCGUCUCCGCACCUGGGACUCCCGGGGCGCAGCAGCAGCCAAGAGCCGGAAAAAACCAAGAUACAUGACUUGCUAAAAGAAGAGAAGAUGUUAUGUUGGGGAUAUUGGUCUUUGGGACACCCUGGGGAAGGUAACGUGCUGCAAGCGAUAAUCACCGAACCCCGGAGCAGCGGGUUCAUUCACGAGAAGAGCGUCAAGGAAGUGGCUUGUGGCGAGAACCAUUCUAUCUUCCUGCUGGAGGAUGGCGAAGUGUAUACAUGUGGCUUGAACAGGAAAGGGCAACUCGGCCACGAGAGGGAAGGAAGCAAGCCAGAGCAAAUUGACGCUUUAGCUGAUCAGCGCAUAGUCCAUGUUGCCUGUGGGGAAUCUCACAGCGUGGCCCUCAGUGACCAAGGCCAACUCUUUUCCUGGGGGGCAGGUAGCGAUGGACAGCUGGGCCUCACAACGGCAGAAGACUCUGUGGCUGUACCAAGGUUGAUAAAAAAACUGAACCAAGAGAUGAUACUUCAGGUCUCCUGUGGCAAUUGGCAUUGUCUUGCUCUUGCAGCUGAUGGACAGUUCUUCUCCUGGGGACAGAACAACCAUGGGCAACUUGGGCUGGGCAAAGAGUUCCCCUCCCAAACCAGUCCUCAGCGCGUCAGAUCGCUUGAAGGGAUCCCUUUGGCCCAGGUGGAUGCAGGAGGGGCGCAUAGCUUUGCCUUGUCUCUCUCCGGAGCUGUGUUUGGUUGGGGGAAGAACGCCUCAGGACAACUGGGCCUGAGUGACGAGAGAGACCGGGAGUCUCCCUGCCACGUGAAGCUCUUGAGGACUCAAAAGGUUGUCUAUAUCAGCUGUGGGAAUGACCACACAGCAGUCCUGACAAAGAGUGGAGGGGUGUUUACUUUCGGCUCGGGCUCCUGUGGGCAGCUUGGCCACGAUUCCUUGAACGAUGAAGUCAACCCCAGAAGGGUCCUGGAGCUGAUGGGCAGUGAGGUGUCCCAAAUCGCUUGUGGCAGGCAGCACACUCUCGCCUUCGUGCCUUCUUCAGGAAUUAUCUAUGCAUUCGGCUGCGGAACCAGAGGCCAGCUGGGAACUGGGCACACCUGCAGUCUUAAAUGUCCUUCCCCAGUCAAAGGCCCCUGGGCAGCUCACAAUGAACAAAUCUCUGGUAGAUCAGAUGCGUGUAAAUAUUACAUUGUUAAACAUAUCUUCUCUGGAGGAGACCAAACGUUCGUGCUUUGCUCUGAAACAGAGAAUUCUCAGCCAGCGGAUGAUUUCCGGGCCAUAAAUCAAAGUGACUACACCUGUUUGAUUAAUGACGAUACAAUAGACAUGUGGAGACAAAAGCUUUCGGAAAAGAACAAUCCUAAUUCAGUGAACAGUGAGGUUGUGCAGAUCCUGUCCUCGGCUGCCUGCUGGAACGGGAGCUUCUUAGAAAAGAAAAUAGACGAACAUUUUAAAACGAGUCCCAAAAUUCCAGGGGUCGACUUGAAUUCCACCAGACUGAUGUUUGACAAGCUGAUGACGUCCCAACAUUCCAUCUUGCUUGACCAGAUCCUGAAGAGCUUCGAAAGCUUUUUGAUCCCAGGGCUGCCCAGUUCCCCACCGGACGUUGAAGCCAUGAGAAUCUACCUGAUUCUCCCAGAGUUCCCGCCGUUUCAAGACUCAAAGUACUAUGUCACCUUAACUCUUCCCUUGGCGAUGGCGAUUCUGCGUCUGGACAGGAACCCCAGUAAAGUCUUAGAUAACUGGUGGUCUCAGGUGUGUCCAGGGUACUUCUUGAGGCUGGUGGAUCUCUACAAAGGUGCCGUGGUUUACCUCUUGAACGGAAGAAAAACAUUAUUGAUCCCUGUCUUGUAUGGCAGUUACAUCACAGCUGCACUCAAGCUUCUGGAGAAACUUCAUAAAGUAAAUCAGAAAGUAAAACACGUAGAAUAUGACAAGUUUUAUAUCCCAGAGAUUUCCAGUCUGGUGGAUAUCCAGGAAGACUACCUGAUGUGGUUUUUGCAUCAAGCUGGAAUGAAAGUCAGACCAUCAAUUAUGCAGGAUGCCGUGACUCUGUGCUCUUACCCUUUCAUCUUCGACGCGCAAGCCAAGACCAAGAUGCUGCAGACGGAUGCUGAGCUGCAGAUGCAGGUGGCCAUCAGUGGGGCGAAUCUGCAGAACGUUUUCAUGCUCCUCACCCUUGAGCCCCUCUUGGCUCGAAGCCCCUUCCUGGUCCUCCAUGUUCGUAGGACCAACUUGGUUGGCGACGCCUUGAGGGAGUUGAGCAUCCAUUCGGAUAUUGACUUGAAAAAGCCUCUGAAGGUGAUCUUUGACGGUGAGGAGGCGGUUGAUGCUGGCGGUGUCACAAAGGAGUUCUUCCUCCUGCUGCUAAAAGAGCUCCUGAAUCCUAUCUAUGGGAUGUUCACCUGCUACCCCGAAUCAAACCUGCUGUGGUUUUCGGAUACUUGUUUUGUAGAGCACAACUGGUUCCACCUGAUUGGCAUCAUCUGCGGUCUGGCCAUAUACAACUUCACUGUUGUGGAUCUUCACUUUCCAUUGGCCCUCUACAAGAAACUCCUGAAUGUGAAGCCGUGCUUGGAAGACUUGAAGGAGCUUUCGCCCACAGAAGGAAGGAGUCUUCAGCAGCUAUUAGAUUACCCUGGAGAUGAUGUUGAAGAGACAUUCUGCCUAUAUUUCACGAUGUGCAGAGAAAGCUAUGGAGUGGCAGAGCAGAAGAACCUCAUCCCUGACGGAGACAAAAUUCCAGUGCAGAAAGAUAACAGGGAGGAAUUCGUCGAUGCAUACGUUAAUUAUGUCUUUAACCUUUCGGUAGACGAGUGGUACAUGGCUUUCUCCACGGGCUUCCUGAAGGUGUGUGGGGGUAAAGUUCUAGAAAUGUUCCAGCCCACUGAGCUGAGAGCCAUGAUUGUCGGGAGCAGCAACUACAACUGGAAGGAACUGGAAGAGAGCGCAGUUUACAAAGGGGACUACACGGCUACCCAUCCAACCGUGCAAAUGUUCUGGGAGAUCUUUCACGAGUUUCCUCUGGAAAAGAAGAAAAAGUUUCUCUUGUUUCUGACCGGCAGCGACCGCAUCCCCAUCUACGGCAUGUCGAGUUUGCGCAUCGUGAUCCAGUCCACUUCCAGCGGGGAGCAGUACUUGCCGGUGGCGCACACCUGCUACAACCUCCUCGACCUCCCCAAGUAUAGCAGCAAAGAAGUCCUGAGCACGAGACUCACUCAAGCCAUCGACCACUAUGAGGGCUUCAGCUUGGCCUGAGGGGAAGCAGCCCCCAACACAGACAAUUCUUGUAUAGAAAGGAAAUACUGUCUUGUUUUUAUUUUUGUAAGGGAAAUGGGAUAAAGAUACUCCUUGAGAUAGGGAGGGUGAGUGCAGGGAGGAGAGAAGGGAAGAGCAUAGGAUCAAGGACACCCCCCCCCCCAGUGAAGUCUGGUCAACGUUCCUCAGGAUUUUGACUUUACUACUUUUCAAAAACAAAAAUCUGUUGACACGUUGUCUGUCGUCUUACUGGCUGUUAGAUGCCUUUUUCUUUCCUUGCUCGCCCGUCCUCUUGUUUAAAAAUACCUUCAAUAUUUUGAGAUGUCUCUUCACAGUUUGGAAAUAUAAAGCUGUGUGAAAGCUUUCCUUGUCUCCACACGUACGGGUUCCCUAACACAGGUAAUUUCUGUGGUAAAACAAGCGUGCUCCUUGGCUGUUCAACAGUACCGGGGAGCUAAGAAGUGGAUAAUUUAACACAGAGAAGAUUAGUAUGUGAAUGUUUGGGCAGAAAUGAAGAUUUUAUGAGUUGAAUUUUCUAACAUUUUCUACUCCCUGUUGCCUAUUGUCUACAAAAAAAUGGGAGGAGAGGUAAAUAAUUUUACUGCCUUCUGUGUGACCAGAAGAAUUUCAGGGCCUUGCAUGUAGAGGAAUGGGAACGAGGAAUGCUCAUGAAGACCUAGGUGGCCUACCUGAAUUAUUUGAUAUUUUAUGCUGUUGGGUGUUUUUUAACAGCUGUGUGUGUGUGUUUUGAAAUACAGUGAUGAUUCCCUGCCCCCCCCCAUUUCAGUGAUGGGAUUCUCACAGCAAUUCCUCCACAAAACACACCUCAUGUCUCCCUUCCCACCCCCCACUAUCUCUGCACUUGGGGGUCUUUUGCAAGGUAGUACAGAAGCCCUUUCCCACCUUCAGCCCAAGGGUGGGCAGCAGCCACCAUCCUGCCCCAUCAGGGAUGGGAUUUCCAUGGAUCUCCAGCUAUUGGAUGGACUCCAACUCCCAUCAGCCCCAGCCAGCCUGGCCCAGUGGUCAGGGAUGAUGGGACAGUGAGUCUGGCAACAUCUGGAGGUCCACAGGUCCCCUAUUUCUGAACUGGAUGGUACUAUUUCUCGUCUUCUAUGGAGAAAUGCAGGUCCCUGGUGCACAUUUACACUGAGAGAAGCUGAUGAAGCAGUUUCUACACCCUUACCUCUUGACCCCCUACCCCAGAAGAACCCAUAUCCACCAUAGAUGUCAUGAUGAGCACUCUCCUCUCUUCCAAGGUCCAUUAUUAAUCUGAACUUGUGAUCCUGGAGAAUGGAUUUAUUUAUAUAACAAGGUGGCCUCGGUCCUGCCAAAGCUGGUUGUUUAUGACCUUUCAAGUACUGCGAGGAGCGGUGGAGUGAGUCACAACUCGGCUGUUAUCAUGGGGACUCUGUGCCAAACUUGAUUUGACCUUUGACUUUGCUCAGCUGACAUGGGCCAAGCCAGCUGGGCCGCAGGGGAUGGGGGGAUUCAACCCUCCACUCCCUGUUGGCAGUCCCAAGUGGCAUUGUGCCCCAUAGGAUGCCAUGUCGAAUUUGGCGUUGAAUCACAGUCUUCUUGGGUUGGAUUGGGGCCUCGGUAUUUGUCUAUCCUUCGCUUAAUCAUAGCAUCGAAACUGUAUUUUGCACCUUUUGAUGAAAAAGCUGUGAAGGUAUCGGGAUUUUUAUUUUAUUUUAAGAAAAGGAAUUAACACUCUGAUUUGCUACUUGGGUAGCCAAUCAGCCUCUUUCUACUACAGCGUUAAAUACAGCUCUAUCAGAUGUUUAUUUUCUAUGUGUGUACAUAGCCCAGUAUUAUGCAAUAAAUGUAAUGUUUCCUUCAA